GCCCAAAACGGUCUUCAGUUGCAAGUUGCAAGGCACGCCCAUAGGAGUGGUGACGUCGCGCGGCGCGUCUCAUUCUGUUCGUUCGUUGUUUCUCAUAUUCUGUAUCCAAACCUAUAUUCCACAAUGCAGUCCAAAUUCGGCAGCUUUGUCAACAAGGCCCAGAACGCUCUCAGGGAAGGGCAGUCACUGGCGACAGAGGGAAGUUCGCAGUUUGUCCAGUCGUUCACUCUUCCCGGAGAGUCUGAAAAGGCCGCCAAGAUCCUGCGAGGAUUCCUGGCCGACCCCUUACACCCCGCCACCGCCCUCAACUCUAUCCCCAAAGCAGUCCUCCAAAGAGCCAAAGGUAUGCUCUAUCUCGCUUGGAUGGCUGCUGAUGCACUCUACAGGCCUCGCCGUCUUUACAAUCAUCAAGGCCGGUUUCGUCUUUUCCGGCAAGGCUGGUUCGGGUAUCGUAGUCGCCAAGCUUCCAGAUGGAAGCUGGAGUGCGCCUAGCUGUAUCGCUACGGCGGGUGUUGGAUGGGGCUUGCAGAUUGGCGCUGAUCUGACGGAAGUGGUCAUGGUGCUCAACUCGGACGAGGCGGUCAAGGCGUUUGCUCGUGGGGGCAAUGUGACUGUUGGAGGUGGUAUAUCGGCGGCUGCUGGACCGUUGGGUACUGGUGGCCAAGUUGCCUCUUCGCUGGCCAACCCCGCCCCCGUCUUUAGCUACAGCCGAUCCAAGGGGCUUUUCGCUGGUCUGACCCUGGACGGUACCAUCCUUGUGGAGAGAAAGGAUGCCAACAAGAAAUUCUAUGGAAGUAGCAUCUCUGCUACAGACAUCCUUGCUGGCCGAGUGCCAGCUCCAGAGAUCGCCUCUACCAUGUACGACAUCAUCGAGGCCGCCGAGGGCAUCGACGAAACUGGUCUCCCAGAGGGCGGCUACGUGCCCACUGCUACAGGUGAACACGCCCCCGUCCCGAGCCCUACCACAGGGUACACCACGGGUCCCGGCACUGCGGCGGAUGCUGCUUCCACGACGUCUUCGGCCACCGGCAACAAGACGGUGUUCGAUGCGUCUUCCACUCAUCAGUAGAGAUCGGAGCGCGUAUGUCCCAUGAUAAUAUAUGUGCUCUUUUGAGAAUGUAAUGUCUGUCCGAGAAGAAUGCAAUGUUUGUCUGAGAAGAAUGCAAAGUAUAAGCAGAGUGGCAAUCCUCGGGCUUCCGGGACACCCGGGGCAAGUCGGAGUGAUUGACAAGCAAAGUGACUCGUCG